AUGAAGCUGCUAUUUCUUCUCUUUCUCCUUCUUAUAUGUCUUAUUCAGACAGCAUCAGGGCGCAGAAGAGAUAUGAGAUUUCGUCAGUGUGAGAAAAUGGGUGGCCUUUGCAAGUAUCAGAAAACCCAUGGAUGCUCCAUCCUGCCUGCAGAAUGCAAAAGUCGGUACAAGCACUGCUGUAGGCUUUAA